UGGCUACAAAGACUUUACGGAUUACACUGGUUUGUUUCCAGCUCUCCAACAAAGAGACCAGAGGAGAACCAACCAUGGAUUUUCUCAACCACAACUACUUGAACGCGCGCAGCCCUUACGACUACACCUUCAAUUUCUGGAACGACUAUCUGGGUCUGACCACGCUGGUGACGAAGACCAACAAGCUGAGCAUGCCCCAGAACCCCAACUCCAUCACCGAGUCCCUGAAGGCGACCCUGGGCCUGGACGACUCCCCGCCGUGCCCGUGCGUAAUCGCGUCCGGCGCCGGGGACGUGGUCGGGCACCUGGAGUGCUGCUGCGGGUCCGGGAGCCCCCCGCCGACCUCCAUCCUGGACCUGAAGGAGCGCUUCUCCAUCCUCAGCCCCUUCCAGAGCCAGCUGGGGGGGCAGCUGCCGGAGAGGGAGCUGGGCUUCGGGGGCAGCUUCGCCGGGUUCGACCUGUUCGGCGUGGAGAGGAAGAUGCGUAAACCCGCGCCCCGGAGCAAGCAGGAGCCCAAGAUCUGCGUCUUCUGCCGAAACAACGGAGCUCCGGAGGAGGUGUACGGCUCCCAUGUGCUGAAGACCCCGGACGGCAGGGUGGUCUGCCCGAUCCUCAGGGCUUACACCUGCCCCCUGUGCAGUGCCAACGGGGACAAUGCCCACACCAUCAAAUACUGCCCACUGUCCAAAGACCAGCCAUCCCAGCGACCGUUAAAGGGAGGGAGGGCAGUGGGUGGUAAGAGGAUGAAAAUAUUCUAA